AUGACCAGUGAUGGCAAACCGGAACGAGAAGGCAUGCAGUUGUUUCCAUCUGAGUUUCUAUUUACGAUUUUAAAAAAUUCUAUUGACCAUCCGUUUCCCUCUUAUUUCUCAUAUAUUUUCUCCCUUUUACUCUCAUAUAUUUCUCCGUUUUACUAUCAUAUAUAUUUCUCUCUUACUCUAAUAUAUUUUCUCCCUUUUACUCUCAUAUAUAUUUCUCUCUUACUCUCAUAUAUUUCUCCUUCUUACUCUCAUAUAUAUUUCUAUCUUACUCUCGUAUAUUUACUCUCUUUUACUCUCAUAUAUUUACUCUUUUACUCUCAUAUAUUUACUCUUUUACUCUCGUAUAUUUUCUCCCUUUUACUCUCAUAUAUUUACUCUCUUUUACUCUCAUAUAUUUACUCUCUUUUACUCUCAUUUAUUUACUCUCUUUUACUCUCAUAUAUUUUUCCCUUAUACUCUCGUAUAUUUUCUCCCUUUUACUCUCAUAUAUUUUUCUCCCUUUUACUCUCAUAUAUAUUUCUCCCUUUUACUCUCAUAUAUAUUUCUCCCUUUUACUCUCAUAUAUAUUUCUCUCUUACUCUCAUAUAUAUUCCCUCCCUUUUACUUUCAUAUAUAUUUCUUACUCUUAUAUAUUUCUCUCUCAUAUAUCCUUUUUCUCUCUUACUCUCUUUCAUAUAUAUUUUCUCCUUUUACUCUCGUAUAUUUUCCCUCCCUUUUCCUUUUCAUAUAUAUUUCUCCUUCUUACUCUCAUAUAUAUUUCUCUUAUAUAUUUUCUCCUUUUCUCUCUUAUUCCCUCCCUUUUCUUUCAUAUAUAUUUUUCUUCCUUUUAUUUCUCUCUUACUCUCGUAUAUUUUCUCCCUUUUACUCUCAUAUAUUUCUCUCUUUUAA